AUGGUGGACGUUGACAGCCCGCCGGCGGCGGCUACGCCCGCUGCUGCGGCAGCUGCGCCCGCUGCUGCAGCAGCAGCAGCUGGGGAGGCCGCAGCAGCAGCAGCGCCUGCUGCAGAAGCAGCAGCAGCAGCAGCACAAGAGGGGGGAGCAGCAGCAGCAGACAGCGCGUCGGAAAACGCCGAGGGCAGCAGUGCAGCAGCAGAAGGAGACGAGGCGACGGAGGAGGAGGAGGAGCCUAGCGAGGAGGGCUCUUUAUCAUGUAGCUGCUGCUGCAGCAGCAACUCUUGUGUCUUAGCUGCUGCUGCUGCUGCUGCGUCGACGCAGAAGAGGAGAGUGACAAUGGCGGGCUUCCCAUGCAAUGAGCGACUGACUGAGCUGCUGCGGCAAGCUGACGCUUAUUCCUCUCAAAUAACUGGUGGCUUCGCCCCUGCUCCUGCCGCAAAGAAGGUGAGCAGCAGCAGCAGCAGCAGCAGCAGCAGCAGCAGCCGCAGCAGCUGCAGCAGCCGCUGCAGCACCGGCUGCAGCAGCAGCAGCAGCAGCUGCUGCUGCCCCGCGGAGCCAAAAAGAGCCGUAUGA